AUGGAUGCUCCAUAUAUCGAUGUCGAGGCUGCUAGAAUUGCAUUAGAAAAACGCGGUUAUAUCCUCAUCGAUAUCAUUGGUUAUGGAGGCUUUGCGAAUGUUUUUAAAGUUUAUUCUCAGCAUUUUAAACAAUAUUUUGCCGCCAAAGUCUGCUAUAUAGGGAGCGAUGCUGUUACCCAAAAUCUUCAAUCAUUUAUGGCGGAGGUUGGAGCACUUUCAAAAAUUUACCAUUCUUCGGUUAUUAACAUUUAUUCAUAUUUUGAUGAUAACAGUUACCUCUUCAUUAUACUCGACUACUGUCCAAAUGGAUCUGUUCUUGAUUACAUUAAGACACAUCCACAUAUUGAGACUUCCUUAAUUUUCGAUUGGUUGGUACAAACAACAGAAGGUCUUGUUGCUUGCCAUAAUAUAGGAAUAUCACAUAGAGAUAUUAAACCAUCAAAUUUGCUGAUCGAUAGUUAUAACAGAAUUAAAAUCGGGGACUUUGGAUUAGCUGUAAUCGCCGAAAAGAGUCAAAUGAUUGCGCGCUUUGGUGGAUCACCUAUAUUUUAUUCCCCAGAAAUGGUAAUGAAGAAAAAGUUUGAUCCAUUUAAAGCUGAUGUAUGGGCAUUAGGCAUUACAUUUUACAGGUUAAUUUUCGGAAAAAUUCCAUAUACAGCAAAGUCAAAUGAUGAACUUGUUGAACAAAUUAAAUGUGGUCGUAUCAUCAUUCCUGCAACAUGCGACGCUAAAUUAUCAGUCGUUCUUGAAAUGAUUCUGAAACCAAAUCCCGAUGAGCGCCCAACAGCAGCCGAUGUGUUACAACUAUUGAAAUACAUUAGACCCCAGAAAAAGGCUCAAUUUCUUGUUCCUUUUGCUGUACGUAGAUCUUCUAAUAAAUUCAAGUCCCAGACACUGGAAAGCAAGACAUUUUCACACAAACUUCCUACUUUAAGUAGAAGAAGAAAUAGUGCUUUUGUUGAUGAUAAUUAA